AUGUCAACCACCACGACCAUGCGAGCCUGGACAUACAUGCAAUCAGGCCUUCCAUCGCAAACGAUCGUGCUAGAUGAUGAGGCCCCCUCGCCCUCAGCUGCCGAGCUUGGCCCCGACGAGCUCCUCAUCGCGGUCAACUAUGUGGCCAUGAACUCGGGGUUCACGACCCUGAUGCGCUCCCUCCCGCCGCAGCCCUACUCCCUGCCGCACAUCUACAACCGUCAGAAGCGGUUGGGCGUCCCGGAAUUUGAAUUCUCGGGGCGUAUACUGGCUGUUGGCUCGGCCAUCCCUUCGACUCGACCCGACCUCCAACCCUCAACUCUCGUCCUGGGCUGCUGUGCUGCUAAACGGGUCUUCAUUGAAGGGAAAGGGGCGCUAGCGGAACGGGUCAUUGCGCCUGCAGCCCAAUUGAUUCCCUUGCGGCCCCUUUCUACUGUUACCACCCAAGAUGAUGAAAGCCCAGGACCGGACCCAGCAGCACCACCUAUAUCCCUCCUCGAAGCCUCCGGCCUCAGCGCUUGCGGCUGCACCGCCGUGCAAGUCCUGGACCUGACCAAGCUGGUUGCAGGGGACAAGCUAUUCGUGAACGGUGGCAGCACCAGCGUUGGCAUGCUAAUCAUCCAAGUCGCGCGCCAAGUAUUAGGGCAGACUGGCACGAUUAUCGCGUCAGGCACCGACGCUACCCUGAUCCGGUCAGUCGGCGCUGACGAUGUCAUCGACUACACGGCCCAACGCCCCCUGCACGAGUUCCUGCGCACGCAUCACGCCGGCCGACCCUUCGACGCGAUCAUCGACUGCGUCGGCGUGGCGGAGCUAUACACGCACUGCGAGCCGUAUCUUGCGCCCGGCAAACUGUUUAUCAAUUUAGGUGCGAUGACGGCCAAGCCCACAUUCUGGGGUUUGUUAUCAUUCGUCUGGAAUCAGCAUAUGGCGCCCCUGUGGCCGGGGUGGGUGCUGGGCGGCGUGCCGAGAAGCUAUCAGUUCUAUAGUGCACGGCCGAAUCGGGAGACUUUGGGUAGGGUGAUGCGGUUGGUGGAGCGUGGGGAAUUGAGGAUGGUGGUGGAUUCAGUGUGGGAGAUGCGUGAUGCGAAGAUGGCUUAUAAGCGGAUGGAGAGUAAGAGAGCAAAGGGGAAGAUUAUUGUUCGGGUGCAGGAGGAGUGA